AUGGCGGGCCGGCGCAAGCGAAGCUUAGAGAGCGCACCUGUAGACUCAAGCAAGCGCACGAGACCUAGGCGAGGUUCAGCGGCGUGUGGAGCAGAGGGUACCACUCGAUUCGAUAAUUCAAUGUUCUUCAAAGCCGUUUGGAAAGAGCUUCGCGAGGAAGGAUGGACCUCAAAGCAACCCCCACGAAAUGCGCUGGACUCGUUCUAUCGCUACAUUCGCCCAGGAUCGGAUUUAAAGGGCAAGGAGGGGAAAGAUUUCUUCGUAGGAGAGGAAGCACUUCUGGCUUUUUAUCUACGUGGAAUUGCUUUAUCGCCACCCACCCCCGCUAUGGCAAACGAGGACAUCGAGGAUUCGUCACUCAGACCAGCCGGAAGAUCAUCAGUUGCGUGUGUCCCCUCACUUUAUGUGAACACGUUGGUUGCGUUCUCUCCGUCUAAGGAAAGUUGGAUGAAAGACAAGGGUUACAAGAAAGUUGGCGCGGCUUAUAUAGUUGGACGGACAGCCUUGAGAAGCUACAAGAAGCUCCGGUUCACUACAGCCUCAGCCAAGUGA